AUGGAAUUGCUAGUAAAGAAGACUAUUAAGAUAUUAAGUUUUUAAGAGUAAAAUAGUCUUGAAUUAACAUAAAUAUUGCCUUCUUUGCAACCACUAAUAAAUAGUGUCAACCAAGAGAAGUUUGUAUAAAAAUUGAAGGAAAAUCAUAAUAUAUAGGUGGAUGACUCUAAAAAAGAUAAAAUUUUCAUUUCUUUAAAUCGAGAGAAGGCCAAAGAGUCAAAUGAUGAAAAGCAAUUAAGCCUAUUUUUCAAAGAAGAUAAAACUAAUAAGAGUCUUUACUACCUUUAUAGGUUAAUACUAAAAGCUGGACCAGGAGGAAUAAAUUAUAGCGACUUGGCAAGUUAAUUUAACUCCAAGUUUUUUAAAGAGAAGACAUCCGACAGCAAGAUAGCUUAAAGCAAUAGUGAAAAGGGAGGAGAAAAAUCAAAUAAAAAGAAUGGUAAAAAAAAUGAAAAAGAGAGUUAGCAAACUGAAGAAUACGAGAAGGAUAUCAAGAAGCUAGAUAUUACAAAUGUUUCUCACUAUUGCAGAAAGUUAUUUACUUUAAAAUUCAUUAAUAUAUUACCUGAGAAGGUGUGUAAAAAGGCAGUAGCUACAAAGUUUUAAGACAAAUGCUUACAGAUAGAUACAAAAGUUAAAAGAAAAUAAACAAUGGCUUCUCAAAUGAAAACAGAAAUAGAUUUAGAUGAGAUGAAAAAACAGUAAUUCACUAAACUCUCUAUAGUAAGCGAACCAUGGAAAUAUCUGAAGGAAGAUACUUUUAUACUAAAUGAGCUUACAUUUAAUUAGAAUAUCCUCCUUAAUUUUGCGUCUUAUGAGGCAUUUUUAAGAGAAGGUCUUUUAUAGACAGAAAUAGCAUCUAAAAUCAACAAAUUAGGCGAAAGAAAAAUGUUGGUUAGAUCUCUAGAAAAUAUUAUUGAUGAUUACAAAGUAUUGUCUACUGCAGAUAGAUAAGGAAGAACGUUUUCAUUAAAAUUCCACAUUAAAUCACAAGUGAUGGCAGAUUAUAUCGAUUAGCUUCUUAAAGAAAAUAAGAUAAAUCUAAAGAAAGAGCUAGAGGAUAUGCAAAGAUAACAGAUGGUUUUGUAGCCAAUAAAUGCUUAAAACGAUGGAAAUGAAGAGCAAUAAUAACAUAACAACAAUGGAAAUUAAAUAUAAUCUAAACUUUAAUUUUCUAACUCAGGUGAACCAAAAGAAAAUAGAUUUUUAGAAAUUAAGAUUGAAGAAAAACAAAAUUAAAAUGGAGUAAACUAAAGUAAUCUUUAAAGCAAAAAUUAAUCAAAUACAAAACAAGUUAACCCAGCUGAGAGCAAUAACGAAAAAAUGAAUUAAAAUAUGGCAUAAAUAAAUCAAAGACAGGAACUUUUCAAUUAAAACCCUAAAUUAAACUACACCAGUUUUGAACAUAUUUACAAAUAUUUCUAAGAAAAUGAAAAGCUUGUGCAAGAUCUCAUUAUAGCUGCUGGUGAUAAAGAAUUUGUAAAAAAAUUAAUGAAAAUUCCACCUUCAUACAAUGACAGUGACUAUUAAAAAUUUUCUGAACUCCUUUUAAAAGUCAUCAAUGAAACAGUAGAAUUCACAUAUGUAAGAACUAAGAAAGGACAGGAAGGAGGUAUUUAAAAUGAGUAACUAAAUAGAUAAAAAGUAAGCAAGAAAUAAAUUUCUAGAAAUAAACUUAAUCGUUACAUACACAUUUUGAAUAGAAUUGAAGAAAAAAAGGUUAUAAAAAAUUUAAAUCUUAAAAAAUACAUAAUUGCUUUAGAAAAAAAUCAAGGUGUUGGAGAAAUUGAUAAAAAAACUUUAGAACAUAUUCUAAACACAUUUUAAUUUAUAAACUACAUAACAGUUAAAAAAAUAAAAAUUGAUAUCUAAACAAUAAGCUAAAACAUAGUAAGGUCUAUCACUAUCCAUAAAGAUGUCCCAGAAGAUGAUCCAAGAGUAAUUAAGGCUGAAAAAACUAUUAGCAAAGGACUCCUAAAGAAAGGUCCAAAACAAGAUGAAAGUUAUAGCAGCGAUUCAGAUAGUGAAUCGGAUUAUCAAAGCCACUUCAAUACUUAAAAUUAAUAAUCAAAGUCUUCUGGAAUUAGCAAGCUUCAAGUAACUAAAAAUAACGGAUAGCAAGGAAAGAUUAACGCUGGAAAAUAAUCAGAUAUAACGAACUUUUUCAUAAAAAAGCAAAGAAAUUUAUAACCAAACUAAAAGAUUUACUACUAUGACGAAGAUGAAAAUGAUUAAGAAAAUAACUCUAUGUUAUAGGAAUAGGUUAAUAAAUUAAAUUCAAAUACCUAAAUUCAAGCAAACCCAUAAAGAAAAACCUCUUUAUAAAUGCAAUUAUAAGAAGCUUUGUCUAAAGUAACAAAAGAGAAUUGUGAAAUUCCUGCUGGACCUGAAAAAAUGAAGAUCCUUGCUUCAUUAAUAUUUUAGUUUAUGGAGAAAAAACUUACAAAGAAUUACAAAGACACCUUUGACAAAAUUAAUGAAAUUAACUAUUCUACAAUUUACACUACUUUAUACUUCCAAAAAGAAUAAGUUGAAUUUAAAUAUCCUCUCUUUUAGUAAAAUCUAUGCAAUAAUUUAUUAUAGCUCAGCUAAAGUCAUAAAAUGUAUCCAAACAUGAUGGAUUUAGAAUUGGAUACUUUGGAUAUUAACUCAACAAAUCUCCCAACUGUUGAAUAGUUAAUUGACGAAGCAUUUACUUCUCCCUAAGAUUCAGCGUUUUCAUCUCUAUCUGAGUCAACAUAUGAUUAUUUAAUACCAAUUAAGCCAAAAGAAAUUUUUUUGGAAGAAGCUUAGGCUUUAUUGGAAAAGAAUAACUAAAACAAAAAAGAAAUUGAAAAACUUCAAAUUUCCCUAUCAGCUUUGAAAGGAAAGGAUACUAAAAACUAAAAAAAUCUUAUUCAAGAUGCUUUGCUUAAAUUCAAAAGCUAUUUAAUACGUUAUCCUUGCAGAAAGCUGAUUGACACCAAAUUGCGUUACCAAAUGGUGGACUAUUAUUCCUUUUUAAAUCAGUGUGUAUAGAGUGAUUCAAUAAAAUUCUUUAAAUUAAACAAGGAAAAUCAAUUCUAUGAAAAAAUCAGACUUUCUGAAAUAAGUCUAGAGAAUAUAGACAGUGUUUAUUACCAAAUUACUAACAAUUAUUACAAUCAUUUUAAUUUAUUUUAACAGGAAACAACAUAGUCUUAAUGA